AUGGAAAAGCAAAAUUUCUUGUUGCCGUUUGCAUUCUCCAAAUCAUCCUCGUUUAAUGAGUCCGAUGUUUUGAACAAAGCGCCGAGGCAAAAGUCAGUUAUCGAUGAAAAUGCUAGUAGUAUCUAUCAUACAAGGAAAACUAUGGCAUACCAAGGCAUUGACAGACCAAGUUUGCAACUGAAUGCCCCCUCAUUAAAACGGAGAAUGGGGAGGAGUUUCAACGAUAAAGACGACGUAAAGAAAGCUACUAUUGGGGACAAAGACUCUGAAUCUGAUUAUGAGGAAGAACCCACUUUUAUUGACGAAGAGGUGAACGAUAGUGCUCCACUACCUCCAAGCAGUCCUGUUGGGGCUGAACAAAAUGGGUUCGAGCUAAUGUCGGAAUUUGAUUUUGCCACUAAUCCUACAACGAGCUUCCAAGUGCCAAGGUCGCCACCUAAAAAGUACGAGGGCAGUCGAGACAUUGUGAAGACGUCGCCACAAAAGCCAAUAAGUUCUGAACCUGAUUUUGGGAUCGACAAGUUCAAUAGGUAUAGAGGAAGUUUCAAUGACAAAUCAAGAAACACACCGUCAUCCUCAAAAGCAGAUGCAGAGAAUGAAGAGGUAAGACAGCAGCAACGGGAUACUGCCUAUAAUAAGGCACGAAAUGUAAUCUUGGAUGCAUUUGAGAAUGUUAAAACAGUGAUAGACUUGCAAUCAAUGAAUUUGUACGAGAUUCCUGACGAGAUUAAGGACUUGAAUAACUUGGUCAUAAUUGACAGUUUCAGCGAUGAAGCGUCCAUAGAGUUUCCCUACCAACUAUACCUCACAGGAAAUCACUUGACUCAACUUCCGCCUUCAUUGUUUAAAUUCACCAAGUUGCAAGUUUUAUCAUUGAGGCGAAAUAAACUAAAAUCAGUCCCGCCCCUAAUUGGAAAAUUGGGAAACUUGAUUGACUUAUCAUUAAGCUCUAAUAAGCUCAUGUUUCUCCCAUACCAGAUUCUUGAGUUGAAAAAGCUAACAAAUUUUACUUCUGGCCCCAACCCAUUUAUUCCAGUAUCAGACAAUGCUAUACCAAUGAAUCACAAAGAUGCGAAAACAUUUAUUCCUAGGUCAAGAUCGCCAAUCAAGCUUCUAACCCCCAAGGUUAGUGAAUUACCGACGUUGAAAACCUUGUGCCUCAACGUAAUUGCAAAACACGACGUAUCUUAUUCUGAAACAAAGUUGUGGAAAAAGCACACACCAAAGUUAUAUCACCAAAUAAUUAUCGAAGCGUUGAAAAAAGGAAAAUUCCGAGACACUUGCUCGGAGUGUGGUAUCAUAGUUGUCGAGCCAAUGGCUGAGGUUUUGGAAUGGUGGGAUAUACUACAAAACAGAAACGUGCCUAUUCGAAGACAAUUUUGUUGCCAAAAGUGUGUAAACAAGUAUGAAAGAGGUUUGACAGCGUAA